GAUAAAAUCCCUAAUUCAUAUCUUUGAUAACAAAGAAAUGGCCUCUCAAUUGCUUUUACCUCCAAACCAAUUCACCAAAUCAGCUAAAGUUUUCUUUACUGGUGAUUAUCAAGGAUUGAAUGACUUAACUCUGAGAAGAAAAUCACUACAAGUAACAAGGGUUUCAAAUGGAUUUAGCUUAAGAGCAAAAGCAGAUUUGAGAUCUACUAACAACAAAUCAUUGGUUGAAAUUCCAAAACAAUGGUACAAUCUUGUUGCUGAUCUUUCAGUCAAGCCACCUCCACCGUUGCAUCCAAAGACUUUCCAACCGAUAAAACCUGAAGAUUUGUCUCAUCUUUUCCCCAAUGAGUUGAUUAAACAAGAAGCAACACAAGAGAGGUUUAUUGAUAUCCCUGAGGAAGUUCUUGAAAUCUAUAAGCUUUGGCGUCCAACUCCUCUAAUCAGAGCAAAGAGAUUAGAGAAGCUUCUUCAAACACCGGCAAGGAUUUACUUCAAGUAUGAAGGUGGUAGCCCAGCUGGUUCACACAAACCCAACACAGCGGUUCCGCAAGCUUAUUACAAUGCGAAAGAAGGUGUCAAGAACGUUGUGACGGAAACCGGCGCUGGCCAAUGGGGCAGUUCUUUAGCCUUUGCUUCUAGUCUAUUUGGCCUUGACUGCGAAGUAUGGCAAGUAGCCAACUCAUACCAUACAAAGCCAUAUCGUCGGUUAAUGAUGCAAACUUGGGGAGCAAAGGUUCAUCCAUCGCCAUCGGAUCUCACUGAGGCGGGUAGAAGAAUCCUCGAAUCCGAUCCAUCAAGUCCAGGAAGUUUAGGCAUUGCGAUUUCAGAAGCUGUUGAAGUUGCUGCGAGAAACGAGGAUACAAAAUACUGCCUAGGGAGUGUAUUGAACCAUGUGUUGUUACACCAGACGAUUAUUGGAGAAGAAUGCAUUCAACAAAUGGAGAAUUUUGGUGAAACACCGGAUUUGAUCAUAGGCUGUACUGGUGGAGGAUCAAAUUUUGCUGGUUUGAGUUUUCCUUUUAUUCGAGAGAAACUCAAAGGAAAAAUCAACCCUGUUAUAAGAGCGGUUGAGCCCUCGGCUUGUCCUUCCUUGACCAAAGGGGUUUACGCAUAUGAUUUCGGCGAUACAGCUGGAUUGACUCCUUUGAUGAAGAUGCAUACUUUAGGACAUGACUUCAUUCCUGAUCCUAUCCAUGCCGGUGGAUUACGGUACCAUGGGAUGGCACCCUUGAUCUCACAUGUUUAUGAACAAGGAUUCAUGGAAGCAAUUUCAAUUCCUCAAAUCGAGUGUUUCCAAGGUGCUAUUCAGUUUGCAAGAACAGAAGGGAUAAUACCCGCACCAGAACCGACUCACGCCAUUGCUGCAACCAUAAGAGAAGCUCUCCGAUGCAAAGAGACAGGAGAAGCAAAAGUGAUACUAAUGGCUAUGUGUGGACAUGGCCACUUCGACCUUGCCUCUUACGACAAGUAUUUAAAAGGCGAGUUGAUAGAUUUAUCAUUCAGCGAAGAGAAGAUACGAGAGUCUUUGUCCAAUGUUCCUCAUGUUGUUUAAGCUCGAAUGGCUCCAUAACCACGGGAAACCAAUGCCCCAUGUUCCAAACUAGACGUGUGACAGAAGUUAGGUUUAUUCCUGGCUUUUGAAAUAAAGAGAGAGGGAGAGAGGAUAACUUCAAUAAUGGACAAAAUCUCUUGAAAUAAAAAUAAAAGGCAUUU